AUGGGAGAUGGAGUUCCGCUGCAGACCGAGGGGAACGCCCUCCUCAAAGCCGUCUUCCAGGGGAAGCUGCGGCUGACCCGCCUGCUGCUCGAGGGCGGAGCCUACAUUAAUGAGGGCAACGAGCGUGGAGAGACCCCCAUCUCCGCCGCCUGCUUGGGGGGCUACGACGACCCGCAGACCCGGGUCAGAAUGCUGCGCUACCUCCUGGAGAAAGGGGCGGACCCCAACAUCCCAGAUAAGAGCGGCCGGACGGCGCUGAUGCACGCCUGCGCCGAGCGGGGGGGGAAGGAGGUGGUGACGCUGCUGCUGGAGAACGGGGCGGACCCCAGCCUCAAGGAUUACUCCGGAUCCUCCGCCCUCGUGCACGCCAUCAACACGGGCGACCAUGACACCCUGCAGGUCCUGCUGGACGCCUGCAAGGCCAAAGGAAAGGAAGUGAUCAUCAUCACCACCGACACGUCUCCGUCAGGAACCAAGAAGAUCAAACAGUACCUCAACUCCCCCCCCUCGCCCGCCAUCGUGGACCAGCUGUCUCCGGCCUGCAUGUCUCCGUCGGAGGUGGAGAUCGCCACUUCCUCCCCAGGACGAGAGAAGAGCGACGAAGGGAUUUUCAGCUUCGCCCUCACGUCAGCUUUACCGGUCCCUUCAGCUCGACCUCCGGGCGAGAAGCGCCCGGCGCCGCGCAAGCUGCUGAAGAGACUGAACUCGGAGCCGUGGGGCCUGGUGGCGCCCUCGGUGCUGGGCGGCGCCGCUCAGGACCGAGGUCUGGAGGAGGAGAGCGGUGACCUCAGCAGGACGGUGGCUGAGAUGAACGGCCUGUCCAUCACGGAGCCGGUCAGACCUCUGUUGUCACGGCGACACAGCAUCGAGACCCACGACCCCUGCUCCCCCCAGCUGAUGGACCGGUCCUGCUCGGAGGACCGCCCCACCCUCUGCGGCUCCUGGGCCGACAAAGUGCAACAACACCAGAUCCUGUAUCGUAGGAACACGGCCCCGGAGUCUCAGGAGAAUGCUGGCGGACCUGGGGCGGCUCCGGCUCGGGUGCUGGCGUACCCGAAGCUGACCCGGAUGGAGCACUACGAGUCAGACACGCACCUGUGUCCAGAGUCCAUCCCUGGAUCUCCAGACUCGGGUCGGGUGUCUGUGGAGCGGAGGAGGUACAAUGCCUCCCCCAUGUCCCUGCUCAGCAGCUCCCCCAGGGAGUCGCUGGAGAACAUCCCCAGCUCCGUGUCGCCCCUCGCCAUGCGCCGCCGGCCCCCAGGGAUCCUGGAGCGAAGAGGCUCCGGGACGCUCCUGCUGGACCACAUCUCCCACACCAGACCUGGCUUCCUGCCUCCACUCAACAUCAACCCUCAGAGACCCAUCCCCGACAUCCGGUCAAAUGGGAAGUCCACCUCCCCGGUCCACGCUGCACACAAGAUCCUGGUCCCGGUGGCCCCGGCUUCGCCCAAAAGGGGGCUGGACUUCAAGAUGAAAAAGAAACUCAUGAGGAGACACUCAAUGCAGACGGAGCAGAUGAAGCAGCUCUCCACCUUCCAGGAGAUUCUGGCUGAGAAGGUCGUUGAGUCCAAUGGAGAUUGA